ACUACAGCUGCGGGAAGUUUCGGUUUAACGGACACCAGAGAAAUAAACUUUAAACCUGUAGAUUAUAAGAGCAGAACUGUGUUUAUAAGUGUUUCGGUCUGUAUUUCUGGCUCUGAGCUGUACAUAUAUGAUUGUAUGUGCGUAUAAAGUGGAAACGACUGCAUUAGCUAGCAGGCUAGGUUAGCGGUUAGCUUGCUAGCUUUCUCCCAGCAGCCUGUCACUGAAUGAGGACUGAUUCUCCUGUGCGGGUUCUUACACCAUGACUGAACGCUUAAUUAAAGAGUGUCCUUUAUUAGUGGCGCUGAAUAAAGAGAAGACUGUUUACGAUGGCUUUAUCUCUGUACAAGAGAGAGACUUCAGGUUAAGAAUAACGCUGCCACCAGACCAUCAGCUGAAACAGGCAAAAGUAUACUGCUGCUGGGAACUGAAACGGCUGCUGAGAAACCACCAGCACAUCCUAAAACAGAGAUUACAACACUCUUCAGAUUUGGUUGCAUUUCUUCUGGAGCUGAGGACAGUCUUGGAAGUAGCACUAAAGAGCCAGCCAGGCUUGCAGUCCAUCCCACCACCUCAGUACUAUUCCCAGCUCAUCACAGAGAUAGAGAGUUUAGGAUGGGAUAAGCUAAUCUUUAUCGACACGGACUUCCACACUCUUAAGUUAAAGGCAGAGGAUUCGUCUCAUCGUCAGCAUGUCUUUACAGUCAAACUUAAAUCAAAGUACCCAGCAGAAGCCCCAGAAUGCUCUGCAGACCUGCCUGUCCCUCUCGUCAUUUCCUGGACUCCACAGAGCAAUUUAGGCCAUAUGCAUAGCCAGUUCCUGCUGAUUGUGAAAGCUUUGGCUGAAUUCUGGGCAGUGAUGGAUGAGAUUGAUGAGCACACCUGGGUGCUGGAACCUGAAAAACCUAGCAGAGCAGACACGAUGAGAAGGAUCGCUAUAGGAAACAAUGUCUCAAUAAAGGUUGAGAUUGACCCCAGGCACCCGAAGAUGUUACCAGAAUGCUGCCUGCUUGGAGCUGAGCAUGUGGUAACCCCCUUGAGGAGCAAGCUGAACGCUAACAUGCAUUUAUGGAACCCCAACUGCAGCGUCCUGCAGAACAUGAAGGAUGUUAUGGAAAUAGAAUUCCCAUCACCUGCCACCCACGAAAAAUCUAGUUUUAGUAUGGAGUGCGGCAUCUGUUAUUCAUAUCGGCUGGACGCUGCCAUUCCAGAUCAAGUGUGCAACGAUCCACGCUGCGGGCAGCCUUUUCAUCAGGCUUGUUUGUAUGAGUGGUUGAGAGGUUUGCCCACCAGUCGCCAGAGCUUCAAUAUUGUGUUUGGAGAAUGUCCUUACUGCAGCAAGCCCAUCACAGUGAAAAUGGCCAUACAAAAACCAUGACCACUCUUGGAUAAGAUCUUAAUACUGAGGAAUAAAAACCACACAUUGUGUUUUAAAAGACAAUUAAAGCAACCAGAAAAAGGAACAGUGCAACAGUAAU